GGAGGCGGGGAGGCGUCUGCUGGGUGGCGGCUGUCAGGGCGCUGUGAGGCCUUAUCUUUGUCACAGCGCCGGUCCAAUACUGCCCCAGGUAAAACUUAAUACGGGCCCUGCAUCUCAAAUUACAUUGCCGGUAGUCUUGAGAGUAAUUUGCGAUACUUGGAAAGAUCAGGACCCUUCAAGUAUGAACACUCAGACAGCAGCACAAGAGACCAUGGCACCUGUAACAUGCAGAUGGACUGAAAGACUGUGGAAUACAUCCUUACUGAAGUAAAUAUUGUGUAUGGGCAAGUUAUUUAGGACGCAGUGAAGACAACAAUUGCUGAGAUGGAAGCACAAGAAAAUGAUACAGCUUGUGCUUCUCAGGAAUAUGAAAGUGGUGGAUCAGUUUGUGACACAGGAGGAGGAGGAGGCUCAGCUGAGUGCCUCCUACAAGAAAAUUCUGCUGUGUCCACUAUGCUGACUCCCAUCACUCCUGUGACUCCAGUUAUAACUCCUUCGCAGUCACAGCAUACAGCAUCAACGACUGACCUCGAUAAGCACACACCCAGCAUUGACAAUCUCAUACAGCAAGAUGGAGAGGGCAGCAGUAGCAGCAUGGAAGCUCUGGGAAGCAGUGUUCGGUCUAGACUUUUGCCAGAUGAUGCCUGUUCUCGGACAAGCAUGAACAACUUACUGGAGACUAGCAGUACUGCCUCUGAUGGCAUGCAGCGCAAUAGUGCUGUGCUAGUGGAAGACACCACCCUCUCAGACACAGGUGAGGGGUGCCAGACAGGACAUUCACAUAAGGAAGGUGACAGCCAACCCACUGCAGUGACUGAUGAAACCUUACAACAUGAACAAGAACAACAGCAGGAGCAACAGGCGUCUCCCCAGCAUCCAGCAGGUAACGAAGGUGUUGCCAGCAACAGUGGUGAUCGCAGCAGUGACAGUGGAGUCAAUGGUGGCCAGGUGGUGUUCAGUGAGGACAUGCCAGAGGGCCUGGAGUCCUACGUCACCCUCACAGGCACCAUUAAGCGUGGGAAGAAGAAGGGACACAGCAUUGAUGUAAAGGUGAACUUGUCCCGUGAGGAGCUUGAUGAUCUGGAAGCCUCCAUCACACAGACCCUUGGGCCAGAUAAGCCUAAGCCACGAUGCUCUCAACGCUAUGGGCCUCACAUUACCCUCCUCUCCCUCAUCUGCUUCCCAUUCGUCUUCCUCGUGUCCUCAGGUUACUCAUUUUACCUUGGGACCCUCACUUGGUACAGCAUGCUGACAAGGGCAACAGAAGCACGCUGUCUCCCUAAAAUAACAUUGCCACCAUUGCUCAUUCUCACGUAUCCAUUUCUUAUCAUCGUCUUCACUUUUGGACUGGGGAUAUAUGGAGCACUGGUUCAGAUAUCCUUGUCAUAUGACUCUUGGUGGUCUGAGAUCAGUGACCCAGAGAAAGGCUUCUAUGGGUGGCUGUGCUCUCUGCUGCAUGUGGAGGAAUGUGCUCCAUACGAAACAGUGGUGCUCAUGACAGAACCACUCAGUGCCAAGGUGCAGGACUGUACUGUGUAAGUCAUGACACACACACACACACACACACACACACACACACACACACACACACACACACACACACACACACACACACACACACACACACACACACACACACACACAUACAGAUUUACAAGUGAAGUGGGUGUCCAAAUAUCAACAUAAAGUUUUAUGAAAAGAAAUAAUCUAUUUACAAAAUUAAUAUCUUUGAGAAUAUUCAAUUUUUUCUUAUUUUAAAAAAGCUUUUUAAGAAAUGGCAAUCGAUGAAAACUGGUUGUAAACUUGAUGAUAUAAUUAAUCAUGAAUUAGCAUUUAGGUAUGUGUGUACCAAGUUUUAAGGGAAAUGUAUUGAGUUAUGCAUUCUUGUGUUAUGUGCUAGAGAGAAAUGUAUUGCAGUUGAAUGUGUGCUGUUCUAACCCACAUGUAUAGCAUGGCUAUGGCAAGGGAAGCAGGUUGUGGUCUGUUCUGUCAUGUUUGGCAGGGGCUUGGGCAACACUACAAUACACACUUUUCAAAUGGCCAGACAAAAUACCUCAACAUUCUUUUGUUUAUUCACAUUGGCCAAUUAAUCUGUUUAAUUUGUUUAUUAGUAUGCUUUUUUUAUUUAUUGAGUGAACAAGGUGCCUGACAUCUGUUAUCUUUAUUUUAUGUUUUUUAAAAAGUGAACAAGAAUUUAAUGUCAAAUGCAUUUCGAGAAAGAUAUCUAUAGAGAUCAAUAAAGACAGAUAGAUGGGUGAGUAGAUAUAUUGAUACAGUCAUUGUUGGAAGUCGAGCAGCCUGUAAUUCUUACUUCUGCUGUGUUUACCUUAGUGUUUUCUCUCAAUCUUAACUUCACUUAUUUGCUGAUGGUCUCCUUACAGUUCCCAAAACUAAUGAAUUAUAAAAAAAAAAUCAGGGGUCUUAAGAAUGUAGGAAAAUACUAAACACAUUGGAAGUGUGAUGUAUUACUUGACUACUGACCAUCUCUGUACUCUAGGAACUUGAUAGAUUUUAGGCAAGAUACAUUCCAAGAAAUGUCACUUAGAAUUUACAUUCCACCAGGUUAAACUUUUGCUUUAUGAGGAAUAAAUGUUUGGGUCCAAAGUGAGAAAUACAAAACAAUAAUCAGGAUAUUUAAUGAAUAAUGAAAGUAAAACUUUGGCUCAUUCAUAAAUGUUUUGACCUCUUAUUUCAACUACUUUUAAAAGGGUCUAGGAGAAGGUACUGUGAGUUUUAAGGAUGUUUUCAUGAUUGUAGUGAUAAUUUAACAAAAAUUGUAUCAUCAAUGAGAAGCAGACCAAUCUUUGUAGCCUUUAGAAAGCAGUCCUAAUAAGAAAACAAAGCAUUUAAGAAUAUGGGCCUUUAUUUCUAGACAUUUGCAGCAAACACUUCUUUCUUGCAUUAAGUUGUGGGGUAUAUGGUAGCAAUGGUAUGUGGAGCUGCAUUUGACUGUGUAGGUUCCAAUACUCCAGUGGUAUUUUAUUUAUUUUAUUUAUUUCAUUUAAUAGAGCAAAUUAAGUAGUUAAUGUUAAAAGUGAGUCACAUAUACCAUACAGUGAUAUAACUCCUAUUCGUUAUUAUUAUUUUCAUGAUCAUUACUGUCAUUAUUACCAUUACUGCUGUAAAUUUUGAAAGGCACAGACAAUAGAUAAGCUGCACAAUGAACAUGACUGCCAGACUUACUCAUCACUACCCAGAGGAAUCUCAAUCCAUUGUUUUCCACAAUGACAAACUAACCUAACCUUACAUAAACAUUAUUUUUGUAUUUUCCAGUGAAAAAUAACCUACUCUAAUAUUAAUAUUACUUUUGUAGUAAUAUUUUUAUUUAUAAACCAGCACAAUUUAUAUUUUAGAGGGCAAAAUCAUAUCAGUGGCUUUGCCAACACUGGUGCUCUAAGAGGGCUCUACUUGCUCUUCUGUUCUCAUAUGCUUGACAUUCAUGAUGCUUUUAGUCUUUCACUUUAUCGAUGUUAAUUUUUCCAUUCCUUAAUUCACAGACACUCAUAAUGUGGCAUUAAUUAAAUACAUUAAAAGGGCCGAGUUAUAUUCUGUAUCUGUAUUUAUAUACAUCAGGCUGGCAUUCUGUAUGAAGGGGUUGUCAAAACAAGGCAACACACACACACACACACACACACACACACACACACACACACACACACACACACACACACACACUUUCAAUUAUUACAACAAACAUUCCCUGAUAUUUUAUUUUUAAAGCAUCAUAUUAUAAAACAGGGAAUGAAAAAGAAAAAUGAAAAGAAUUUUUAGGCAUGUGAUUAGAUACAACAACCUUUGGGCACCCUAAUAUCCCUUACACCAUUAAGAACUUUUGCUUGCUAAUACAGAACAGGACAUUAAAAAAUUCACACUUCCUUGUGAAAUAGUCUUUCCCAGGAAUUAGCCAACACACUUUUCUACCAAGGUCAUUUAUAGUCAUGGUCAGAAGUCAAGUAACCUUAGGCUCUCACUUUCACUCGGUUUGGAUUUUCUUCAAUCCUGUCUUUUGAUCUGACAAUGAUGUGUGGUAGAGUCAUAGCCAAUCAGAGGAAUAAUGGUUGAAGGAAAAGUUUAAACACAGAUAGGCAAGGCUACAAAUAAUGACUUCUGACUUUCAUUGAACCAUCUGUGCAUACACCUGGGACCAAACUGUGCUCUGACAGAGGCUGUGGUUCCCUGAGAUACCAUGCUGCAUAGUAUUGGUUGAUAUGGCAUGACAAUAUCUUUGGUGGUCAAUGCAUUCAAGAUGUAGAUUAGAGAAGUUCUGACAUGGGACAAUUUUAUGUGGUUCGUCAUCUGUGAUUUUUUGUGUAGAUAGCAGAGCAGUAUUGUAGUCUUCCUGUUACAAGUGCACUAUGAGGUGAUAUCACAUGAGCUAAAGCAAGGAUGAGGAACCUCUCUUAACUCUCACUGCUAUUCAACAUCAUUCCUUACUCAUAAACCACUCUGAAACAUUUAAUAUUAUUCUAUAACCACUUUUAAAUAUUAUACUGGCUACAAGUGAAUGUGCAGGCUAUAUAUAAAUAUUUUUUUCCCUCUUGUGGGAUCUUGUAAAGAAUUUGUACAUUAUUUUAAUGCUGCUAAUUGUUGCACAUAGCAAUGAAAGGAUUACACAUCUUGUCUUUUUUUAGUAGAAAAAUGCUGUUACAAUUGUAAUUGCAAAUUUAGGGAAAUUAGACUUUUGAAGGAAAGACUGGCACUAAAUUAAAGUUUUGUGUGUGUGUGUGUGUGUGUGUGUGUGUGUGUGUGUGUGUGUGUGUGUGUGUGUGUCAUGUCUUUUCAACAGCGAUCAGGUGCUGUAAACCACUAUUGGUACUUAUAUGCCUCAGUCAUGCUAUUCUACUCUUGCUUCUUCUUUACUCUUUAUGUCAUCAACACAACUUAUAGUUUGCUACAGAUUAUGUUAGUAGUAGGACUGUUGUGAUCAGUGGGCAAGUAACACUUGUACUGUUUUAUACUAUUUCUUUCAUUCCUAAACCCUCUCAUCUAGUGGCAGUCUAGUAGUAAAACAUGACAAUUAAUUGAUUUGUAACAUAUUAAAGAAAUUCCAUACUUAGUGGAAGUCAAAUGUUACUUGAUAUUUGUCUUUAAGUGUACCACUCAUGAAUCAUCAUUUCCAUGCUACAUUUUUCCCAGCACCCUGAGUAUCUGUUCAUGCAUGAUAUCAUUUGCUGUUAUACUGGGUCUUGAGGUGAUGUAGAAUGUAGUGACUGGAUUCUUGGUUAUAAUGAUUGUAAUUGAUGCAUAUGAAGGUUGAAGACAGUCUUACAUGUAACUCUAUAACAUUUUUUUCCUCAAGUUUCAGCACAAAAACUUUCAAUGGAUAUAAAGUUGUAGAUGUGCAUGACAGAAGGUUGUUAGGAGCUAAUGAUCGGCUCAUGAAGUCUGUCAUAAAAGAUGUCUGAUGAAAAUGUUUGUUGCAGAAUUUUGAAGGAUGUAUUUCUACCUUCCGUUUCUGUAGUGCUUUCAUAACUGGUGUUUCUGCCGAGUCAAGGAGAUUUACAUUCUGUUGUAUUUUGUAUGUGACAUGUACAAUUCAACUUGCACAAAAUGGAAAGGAUAUACUUUAUGGUCCUUUCCUCAAAUUAGUAAUCUCAGUUGUACAUAUUUAAAAAUCAUAUGAAUGAUGACUUUAGAAGUAUUCUUUUCUGAGUGCCUGUGUUUUUUUUUUUUAUUUUUUUUUUUUAUUUAUCUACUUAUUUUUUAUUUUUAUUUUUUGUUUGUUUGUUUGUUUGUUUGUAUAUCAGUGGUGUCAACCUUUGUUCUUACUUGCUCAAUUUUUUUUCUUUAUGAAAUGUGUGAUUACUCAUUACCAGACCAUUAUUUACAUAGACCAUACUAUAAUAUGUUAUGUUACUGUUGUUAUGUUAUUGUUUUUGUUAAAUGUUUUAUAUUUAAGAUAUGUUACCAUAUACUAUAUUGUAGAGUAUGUUUCAAACUCAGUAUGAUUAAGAAUUUUAUUUAAAUUUCAAAGCUUUAUUUAUGUAUUUUGUAGCUUGACAAUAUGUGUGAUGUGUUUAAUCGUUUCAUCUAUACUUCCAGUCCAGCUCAUCUUUAUUCUCAAUCCAGCAUUACUUGAUACAUGAACAACAGUAUGUAGACAGCUCUAGGUUAAUAUCAGAGAGUAGGAUGGAGUAGAACAGUGAAAUAUCUAUAUUAUUCACACCUCUUGUCUUGAAUUAGAUUGAAUGAGAAAACUGGUAGUAGAAGUGACUUUGUAUAAGUAAAACAGGCUUUAAUUUGUAGUCUUCCUUCAACUAGGAUGUUUAUAGAAAUUUUGAAAACUCCUCAACCACAUCCACCACCUUUAUCAAUGCGUGAUUGAUUACGCUGGGUUUAGUGUUUCAUAAUUCACUUUCCUUUUGUUCAUGAGAUUCAUCACAAUGCAAGCUGCUGUCAUGCCUCUCACCAGUCUGUCCUUAUCAUUCAUGGGGUUCAUAUAUCUUUUAGAUUAUCAGACAUACUCUCUCUCUCUCUCUCUCUCUCUCUCUCUCUCUCUCUCUCUCUCUCUCUCUCUCUCUCUCUCUCUCUCUCUCU